AGUCGCUUUAUCGUACCUUCAUCACUGAAGAACUUCUUGUCAUGCGUUUUGGUGGUUGGGGAAACUUUUGAAGGAGCUUUGCUGCAAUAUGUUUUGUAUAAUUUGAUCUCCAAAUCAACAAAGAAGAACUAUGGCUGGAUCAGCUCUGAAAAGAUUGUUAGCGGAAUACAAACAAUUAACACUGAAUCCCCCAGAAGGAAUUAUAGCAGGACCUGUGGAUGAAGAAAAUUUCUUUGAAUGGGAAGCUCUGAUAAUGGGACCUGAGGACACAUGUUUCGAGGGAGGAGUGUUUCCUGCUAGACUAACCUUCCCAUCCGAUUACCCUCUCAGUCCUCCUAAAAUGAAAUUUACUUGUGAUAUUUUCCAUCCAAACAUAUAUUCUGAUGGUCGUGUAUGCAUAUCAAUUCUUCACGCUCCUGGUGAUGAUCCGAUGGGCUAUGAGACGAGUGCAGAGAGAUGGAGUCCAGUGCAGAGUGUGGAAAAAAUACUUUUGUCUGUUGUCAGCAUGUUAGCAGAUAGGAAUAAUUUUGUAAUUCCAGAGCCAAAUGAUGAAAGUGCAGCAAAUGUGGACGCAGCUAAAACAUGGAGAGAUGAUAGACAAAAGUUUCUGGAAAUUGCAGAAAGAACUGUUCGGAAAUCCUUGGGAAUUUGAUUGCUGCAAUUAAGACAUUAUAAUAUAUUUCAUAAAGAUUACCAACAACUUCAUUUACAAAGCCUAGAGGUGCUUUCAUUUAGAAAACGAUCUAUAUGUAUAUCGUCCAGUAGAAUCAUCAGAUUUACCGUAUUGUUGGGAUUAUAUGAACUAUUUGUAUUAUUUAUUUUCUAACUCUUCGGAAGACAUACAUAUCCAAUGUAAGAUGUCUUACAUGACAUUGCUCUGUGACUUAAAGUGUGGGAACUACAUUUUGCAACACCUUGUGAGAAGAGAUAUUACGUAAAACCUUAUAACAGGAAUCUGGAUGGAUGUAUAUCAUUCAGUGUUUAUAUAUGGGCACAUUUAAUUGGCUCAUUCUGUAUAGUUUAAAUCGCCUAUGUAGAUAAUGAAAAACGGUGGGGGUGGGGUCUUAUCAAUUUCUUUGCUUUUAAUGGCUAUAGGAACUCCAGUGCAACCUCUGCAUCAUUGUUACUGUAGUUUUCUUGGGGGGGGGGGGGGGGGGGGGGUGGAAUUCAAAUGCUUAGCAAAAACAAGCUGGUUGAUUGUGUUAACUCCUAUUGAUGAAAUGCUCUGCAGUAUGAAUUUAGUCCUGUAUUCAAAGUUCUAUAUAUAAUAUAUGUAAUAUAUAUAUUUGUGUAUAUUAGAGAAUAUGAGAUGAAAGUUAUGUUUAAACCAUUUAAAUGUUUAAAUCUG